AAUAGCGAUUCAAUCUUGGAGAUUUUCCAAUUUCCCUCUAUUAAACUGGAAAUAUUAAACGGCAACCCAUUUUUGAUUUGUGUAAAAGUAUAUGCAUCAUCAAGAAGAGAAAAGAAAAUUGUGACUAGAAAUUAAAAAAAAUUGCAAUAGCAAAGUUUUAAUUAUAUUUAAAUUGAUUAAAUAAGAAUUGAGUGUAUAGUGUUUUAUUAAUGAGUUAACAUAUUUAUGAGCACAUUAGCAACAAUACAAAAGAAACACCACCCAAUUGGCAACGGAGACAUCUAUCUAUCCGCAAAAAGGAAGAGUUCUUGCGGUAGAAAAAAAUAUUCUUUCAUUGCCACAAACGAUUUUCUUACUAGCCUGAGAAAAGCAUUAGGUUGAAAGGAAAACAUGAAGAUGGCUGACGGCACGACAAUCGUACGAAGAAAUAGACCAGGAACAAAAGCGAAGGAUUUCUGCCGUUGGCCCGACGAGCCUCUGGAGGAGAUGGAUAGCACCUUGGCCGUCCAACAAUAUAUACAACAACUUAUUAAGCGAGAUCCCUCGAAUGUAGAGCUAAUUUUGACUAUGCCUGAGGCACAGGAUGAGGGAGUCUGGAAGUAUGAACAUUUAAGACAAUUUUGCAUGGAAUUAAAUGGUUUAGCGGUGCGCUUGCAAAAACAAUGCUCCCCUACAACUUGUACUCAGAUGACUGCCACGGAUCAGUGGAUUUUUUUGUGCGCUGCCCAUAAAACGCCAAAAGAAUGUCCCGCCAUUGAUUAUACACGCCACACAUUAGAUGGUGCAGCAUGCUUACUCAACAGCAAUAAAUAUUUUCCAAGCCGGGUUUCAAUAAAGGAGUCAUCUGUGACCAAAUUGGGUUCCGUUUGUCGUCGUGUCUAUAGAAUUUUCUCACAUGCAUAUUUCCAUCAUCGCCGUAUAUUUGACGAGUUCGAGACCGAGACUUAUCUCUGUCAUCGAUUUACUCAUUUCGUAACAAAAUAUAAUCUCAUGUCAAAGGAAAACCUCAUUGUGCCCAUCAAUGAAGAGGAGAAUGCAGCGCCUGGCGAAAGUGAAGCUUAAACGAGCCAGAGAGAGGGAGCAUCAAUGACAGAAACAAAUUACAACAAAAAACAGCAAACUUAUAAAAAGCAAGCAGAAGCAGCAGCAUAUAUGCUAUGGCGUUACUUAUCACUGUUUGAAGUAUAAAUGAUUUGAAACAACAACAAACAACAAUUGCAUGGUGCAGUUGUACCACAGACUCAGAUGCCGAAGAAACUCAAGCAUCCGUUGAGAACUUACAAAAUACUGCAAAUGGAUAGUAAACAAUAGUAUAUGAAUAUAUAUAUAUAGAGAAAAGAUAAUGUUAUUUCCGAAAAUCCCAACAAAAACACACACACACACACACACACAAAUCUACAAAAUGCUGUACAACCAACAACAAGAGGAUACGUAGAAUAAAAACUCAGUCCCUAUUCAUUCAUAAGAAAGCAUACAAAUAAACCUCUUUCGAAAUUCAUAUAACCAAGUAAAAAACGAGAAAAAAGGGAAUCUUCUACUGCUAAAAUAACUCAAUAUUUGACUAAAUUAUUUAGAACCAUAUAUAUAUACAUAUACAUAUUAAACGUGAAGAAUUAACAACAACUAAUUCCUUUAACAAACUUGCAAAAACAAAAAUGAGGCAAAGAUAAUACAACAAAAACUAAACAAAAUGAGAAACAAACUAUUGAACAAAAUCGGAACCACUCGAUAUAUUUGUAACAAUAACAACAACAACAACUUUAAAAAUUUAUUUAUUGAUUUAUGGCUCGACAAUAUUCAAAUUUAAAAUUUACCAAAAAAAAAAACAGCAACAAAACCCAAAAACUAAAUAUUUGGAAUUCUUAUUUUAGACUAUCCUACUAGUCUCUCCACAGUCCCUCCUUCUUAUUAGCAUUGACGAUGUCUUCACAAUACAAUGCACACACAAAUGGAAGUGCUUCACUUUUUACUGUUCUCUCUUUUUUUUUGGUUUUUAAUGUUUGAAAAUACCAUUUUUAUACAAUCGAUAGUAUUUGUUUCAUUUAUAAUAUAUACACCUAUAUAUAUAUAUAAAAAAAAAACUAAUAUACAAACUACUAACAAA